CACGGACUCCGCUUCCAACUUCCCUCUCCCAUACCCCGUCCACCGUGGUGCCCGUCCACCGCCCCCAUGUUCGAAGCGGAAGGACCGUGUCGUUCGAAGAUCACAGCUGCAGCUCACUGUCAUCGAAGAUCUGCAUGGCCCAGACAGCAUUGCAGGUUGCGAGUCCAAAACUGCCGAUGGCAGUCCUUGAGGCCAGAACCACCAAAGCCGUGGUUGGUUUUGAAGCAGUUUCUAUCUGAGGCCGAACGAUUGGAGCUGUUGAAGUCAGCCAUUGCGCAGAAAGCGCAUGGCAGAUUACUACCAAAUCCAGCAGGACCACACCGCUUCUUCCGGCGCUUAGACGCCACUGGUGGGGUCGACACCUUGAUCGAGGCUCUGACCCAGCGGCUGGAGAUGGCUGUGAUGGGGUUGAAGGGCAGGCCUCGCGAUGAGACCCUGGGCCGAGUUUGCUCCUAUAUCGAGCCCAAUGGCUUCAUCCAUGAACACCGCGACAAGUACCCAGCAGGCUCCCGGGCACAUUUGCGGGCCAACGCUGUGGUGCAGAUGGACAGGUCCGGGCAACCGAUCAUUGCCGGCCAGACCGUCCCUGUGGAGGAGGGCGAUGCCUGGAUCUUCUUCGCCUCCCAGGAGCUCCAUGCCACCAAUGCCAUUCGGGGCCCGCCGCGGAUCGUCUUCGGCUUCGGAUGGAGUGUUCCAGCCGACUUCAUGCUGCACCCUGCAACCGUGCAGUAAUGUGAUAAACAAAUUGAAAAGAAGAAGC